GAUUCAUGUUCUGAUUUAGGGGGUCUGAGCACCCCUCAUGUUCAGUUCCUAGUUUUGCUCCUGCUUCAAAAGGGCAUGGACGCAGUGCUGAUGAUCAAGGCCGACGCGCGCCGUUUGAUGCUUUUAGUCUUGUUAGUCCUGCCCGAGCUCCUUCUUCUUCUUCGUGGCUUGGUGGUGCAGCGCAACACGCAGACGGAGAAUACCGAUUGCUGACCACUUCGGCCUUUUUUCCCCCCCCUGCUGCACCUUCGGCGGUACCUCCCGUGUGCUGUCGCUAAGCGUGCGUUUUGCAUCAGCGUCGAUGGGCUAAAUUUUUUUUAAAAAGUGCUAUUUUAUGCGCGCGUUAUGAUCGACGGAGAUGACACGUAUCCUGAAUAAGCCGUGUUUGUUUUGUGCAGCAAUGAGGCAGGGGGUGGAUAGUCGCCACAGAGACGCUGGGCUCCGGCCAAACAUCUUUGCAUUUUAGCACCUAUUCCAUGCUCCGGAUUUGCAUUUGCUGCAUCACUGAUCGACCGUUUUCUCUCGUCUCCAUUUUUUUUUUUUUUUUUUUUGCAAAGUGCAUGGUGGAUGGAAGAUGCAGCUGCUUUGAGGACACCCCCCUCCGGAUAUCAAUUGCUGCCAUGACAGGCAGAGGACUGCUCUCGACCGCGGCUCGGCCGGUUGGAGAAGAGGCAGAUUGAUUCGGGACGGUGGGUCGCAUCUGCGGAUGUUAUUCUGCCGGUGGAGCCUACAAGAACCGCUCACUCAAAACACGUCGCGAUUGUCACUCAGGGAAAGGGGAGAAAGAAAACAUGUCCUCUCGAUCUGCAUUACCGUCUGGCAACGACAGGAGUACCGGAGACCAUCAUGUGUUGCUGGGGGCCAGCCGUUCAGACAAGGCUACGAGUCAGUCCAGCCGUUCGCUUGGCGCCCGGUGCAGGAACUCUAUCGCCUCCUGCUCUGACGAGCAACCCCACAUCGGAAACUAUCGUUUACUCAAGACCAUCGGCAAGGGAAAUUUUGCCAAGGUCAAGUUGGCGCGCCACAUCCUGACAGGCAGAGAGGUCGCAAUAAAAAUCAUCGACAAAACUCAGUUGAAUCCAACUAGCCUACAAAAGCUCUUUCGGGAGGUGCGAAUAAUGAAAGGCUUAAAUCACCCCAACAUAGUGCAGCUGUUUGAGGUGAUUGAGACAGAUAAGACCCUUUACCUGAUCAUGGAGUAUGCCAGUGGAGGUGAAGUGUUUGACUACCUCGUGUCUCAUGGAAGAAUGAAGGAGGUUGAAGCCAGAGCCAAAUUUCGACAGAUUGUUUCUGCUGUCCACUAUUGCCACACAAAGAAUAUUGUCCACAGAGAUUUGAAGGCAGAGAAUCUCCUGCUGGAUGCCGACGCCAAUAUCAAGAUUGCCGAUUUCGGUUUCAGCAAUGAGUUCACACUUGGCAACAAGCUGGACACGUUCUGUGGCUCGCCGCCAUAUGCUGCCCCCGAACUUUUCCAGGGAAAGAAAUAUGAUGGACCUGAAGUGGAUGUCUGGAGUCUUGGAGUCAUCCUGUACACACUGGUCAGCGGCUCGCUGCCUUUUGAUGGGCAGAAUUUGAAGGAGCUGAGGGAGCGUGUGCUAAGGGGAAAGUACCGCGUGCCCUUUUACAUGUCCACCGACUGUGAAGGGAUCCUUCGUCGAUUCCUGGUGCUCAAUCCCGCCAAACGCUGCACCCUAGACCAAGUCAUGAAGGACAAGUGGAUAAAUUCAGGGUACGAUGGUGAAGACCUAAAGCCCCAUAUAGAACCCGUUGAAGACUACAGCGAUCCAGCCCGCAUUGAGGUAAUGGUCGGCAUGGGCUUCACCCCGGAUGAAAUCAAGGACUCUCUGCUCAAUCAGAAAUACAAUGAGGUCACCGCUACCUACUUACUGCUGGGCCGCAAAGGCGAUGAGGGCAGCGAGGCCCGCACAGCUAGUACCCUGUCCUUGGCGCGGGUGCGACCCAGCCCGAUCACCAACGGAACCAACAAACACUCUUCAACAGCUACUGGUUCCUCUUCCUCUUCCACCUCCUCCUCACACAGUAAGACACAGCGCAGUGCCUCCACUUACCACAGGCAGCGACGACACAGCGACUUCUGCGGACCGUCCAUGCCCGUCAUGCACCCCAAAAGGAGCCCAACGAGCACGGGCGAGAGGGAGCUGCGAGAGGGACGAAUGCCUUCACGUAAGGCCAGUUGCAGCGUGAUGGGAAGCCACAGCCUCCCCCCUUCUAGUCCAAUGGUUAGCAGCGCCAACAACCCCAACAAGUCGGAGAUACCAGACCGCCGUAAAGACAUGACUGCCACCACAAAUAACAUCCCUGGAAGCGCAAUGACACGCCGAAAUACAUACGUGUGCACGGAUCGCUCAGGGGCCGACAGGCACUCUCUCUUGCAGAACGGCAAAGACAACAGCUCUUUGGGCCACCGCAUGCCCGCGGCUUCUCCCUCCACACUCAGCAUUUCCGGGGCUGGAGCGGCAUCGUCCUCUUCUUCGGACCGGUGCCGCUUGACCCGAGGAUCCACAAUCCGCAGCACCUUCCACGGUGGACAGCUGAGGGAUCGUGGCCCUCCGAUUUAUUCGGCCCCGCCCACUUCACCCACGCUGUCCCACCAUGAUGCCAGCCCUUUGCCCCAUGCUCGCACCAGGGCCACCUCCAACCUCUUCACCAAACUGACCUCCAAACUCACUCGCAGGGUCAACCUUGACCCGUCCAAGCGCCAGGGCUCAAACAAAUCAGUGUCGGGUUGCACUCUUCCACAAGGAUCAAAAACCGUUAGGUCACAAAUGAAUCUGAGGGAAUCAGGAGAUUUGCGGUCACAAGGUCAUCACUGUGUCUACCUUUCCAGUUGCCAUCUACCUGGGUAUCAAAAAGCGUCCGAGCCCAGGGCCGUCGGACGUGGCUGGAAUCUAAGAAGCAGUGGCCGGCGGGACCCUGCGGAGGUUGUACUGGCUCUGCGGGAGGCAGCACUCGGAUGUGGCUGCCAGGUGCACCAUGCCGGCCCCUUUCUGCUCUCCUGCACCCAUGGCGUGGCAGGGGGCCGUGUGGCUUUUGAGGCCGAGGUGUGCCAUCUUUCCACGGGCGCCUCCGGGACUUCAAACGGGGUGCGCUACACACGACUCUGGGGGGCACCACUAGCUUUUCGGGACAUUGCCACCCAAAUAUCCAAGGAUCUUGAACUCUGAAUGGAGGGUGGGCUUUGACAACGGGUGUGGGGAUGUGUCAGUGUGUGUGCGAGUGGUCGAAAGAGUGUUUAGGUGUGAAAAGGGAAGGGAGUUGGGACGAUUUCAAAAUAAUGGAGCGGAGAAGCGGCAAGGGGCUGGAUUCAAGAGAAAUAACUUCUCUCCCCUGCUUGUUCACAACUUCCCCACACGUAGACACGCACACAUGCACACACACUUGCUCCUUACAAAGACACACGCGCACUGAGGCAACAACUCCAAGCCACCUCCCCACACCCUCUUUCCGUCCAGUCACCCCACAAAAGCUCAGCUCUCCUCGCUGACAAACUUCACCCACUGGACCUGGAUCUGACUGAAUCUAGUUCAAUAUUUUUUACUACUACUCUAGCCAUAACUCUAAUAUUAUUUUUUAAUUUAUUGCUCUGAUGGUUGUUUUGAAUUCACGAUUAUUUUUACUAGUGCAGAAAAAAAUAUUAUGGUUAAUUGUGUUUCACUGACAAGCUCCAUCCUCUUGAAAUAUUCAAUCUGUUCAUCUUGACGUACGCUAUUCAAUUUUUCAUACGCUUUCCGGACAUAACAUAUGGAGAUGGGUUGGAUCUGUGCCAGACAAGCAGUGGAGUUGCGUUACUUUGAUUAGUCCACAUCGCUCGUGUACAAACGACAGUGACAACUGCACCGGAUUAAGGUCAAUGGGAGCAGGGUUGGCCAGUCGGAAACUGACUAACAAUAAUGAGUCUGUGACAUCUUCAGCUUAACGAGGCUGUGGGUUUUUGGCUUCUCAACACAUUUGCCGGUGCCACAUGAGCAGAAAAAUACUUUUGAGUGUCAGCAGAGAGAACACAGAUGAGCUCAUUCAACGAAUAGAGCUUUUUUUUUUUUUGGUUUGUUUGUUUUCAACGCUCAACCUCCAAGUGAAAUGUAUGGAAAAUAUUUUCACAUUUGGUAGUUUUGCCGAAAUAUAUUAAUAACCUGGCCAAAUUUGGACCUAAAGUUAUUUUUUUUAAUCUUUUGGUGAAUUGAUCUCUUGAUGGAAAUGUUUCGAUACAACUUGCCCUCAUGAGGAUAUGAGCUGAAG